AUGCGGCUUGGGCUGUGUGUGGUGGCCCUCGUUCUGAGCUGGAUGCAUCUUGCUGCCGGCAGCCGGGGGAUCAAGGGGAAGAGGCAGAGGCGGAUCAGCGCUGAGGGGAGCCAGGCCUGCGCCAAAGGUUGUGAGCUCUGCUCGGAGGUCAACGGCUGCCUCAAGUGCUCGCCCAAGCUGUUCAUCCUGCUGGAGCGGAACGACAUCCGCCAGGUGGGCGUCUGCUUGCCUUCCUGCCCACCUGGCUACUUCGACGCCCGCAAUCCCGACAUGAACAAGUGCAUCAAGUGCAAGAUCGAGCACUGUGAGGCCUGCUUCAGCCACAACUUCUGCACCAAGUGUAAGGAGAGCCUAUACUUGCACAAGGGCCGCUGCUACCCGGCCUGUCCCGACGGCUCGGCGGCUGCCAACGGCACCAUGGAGUGCAGCAGUGCUGCACAAUGUGAAAUGAGCGAGUGGUCCCUGUGGGGGCCGUGCUCCAAGAAGAAGAAGCUCUGUGGCUUCCGGAGGGGCUCCGAGGAGCGGACGCGGAGGGUGCUCCAUGCCCCCGGGGGAGACCACGCUGUCUGCUCGGACACCAAAGAGACCCGCAGGUGCACAGUGAGGAGGACGCCCUGCCCUGAGGGACAGAAGAGGCGGAAAGGCGGCCAGGGCCGGCGGGAGAACGCCAACAGGAACCUGAACAGGAAGGAGAGCAAGGAGGCGGGCGCCGGCUUUCGGAGACGCAAGGGCCAGCAACAGCCGCAGCACCAGGGGACAGUGGGGCCGGUCACGCCUGCGGGGCUCACCUAGGGACCUAGGGAUGUUCUUCAGCCUCCAGGCCCGUGCAGAAAGAGCCCAGCGCUGCUCUGUGUGACGGAAGCUUUACCGAACUGGAGUGCUGGGGGCAAAGCGUGCACACACUGUCCAUGCGUAUACGGACACACAGACACACACACGAGGGCCCACGUCCCAACAUGCAACCAACAUACAUGCGCGCGCGCACAUACACACAGUCGAGCCACCGGAUGACACUUCUAUGUCCUGGUCGUCACCGUGUGAACAGGGUGGGGAGGUGGAGGGGUCAGGCGGCACAGACUUGGUUUGCGAUGCUCCCAAGGGACAUGUCGGAGCGAACAUUUCCCAGCGUCCGAGCCCACACACAGCAGAGCUUUCUGGAGUUGCUGAUGGGACCAGUCCAGGGUGGCAGACAGGAAUCAGAGCUCGAGGACAGUCCAGCGCCUCCAGCCGUGUGACUUUAUCAUUGGAGAGUAUUGUUACACACCCCUGGUCCGUAUCAGGGCUGCCCCAACUCUGAAAACUGCUUAAAAGUUUAUUUCAAAUUAAAAACAAAACCAAAUGA